AUGGAGCAACAGGAGCAACAACACCCCUCCCUCGGCACCAAUAAUCCAUUUCGCCGCAAAGCACCGGCAUCGGCAUCGACACCGGCACCUCCCCCCUCGACACCCUCUCCCGCCGUCCCACACCUCCCUAGGCCCGACGACGAGACCCCAAGUUCGAUUCCCGGCGAAUCCGCCCUGCCCCGCGUAGAUCAGUUCCGGCACCAGCUUGAGCCCUUCUCUAGCCCAGCACAGCCACCCCCCGCCACAAGCUUCCAGAAACCAAAGGUUGUGAAGAAGGUCCGCGUCCAAUCGCCUCCGUCGUCUCCCGAGUCAUCCGAGGCGACUGAGCGAUUUCCGGCCCUCCGCUCAUACGGAGAGGAUAGUGAUGGUGAUGAAGAUAGUAGCAGCGACAGCGACGAGAAGGAUACCCGGAACGAUCCGUUUCAGUAUCCGUCAUCAACGGGGUCCGCGGAUGUAUCUGGCAGAGGAAACGAGCCACGCUCCGUAUUAGGGCCACGGAGCCCGCCACCGAAUCCCUUUCAAACGACUUUACAAGAUCUAGAACAUGGGGUAACUGGGCCGGAACAAGGUGCCGUUACGGCGCCGGGCGCACGAGGAGGGCUGGAUGUUGGUGCUUUUGGGCGAUUGCUCCUGACAGGUCAAGCUGGGCCUGCGGUGUCCUCGAAGGAAACCUCUGCGCCCGGUCAGCUUGCCGGGCAUCCACCAAUACCAAGUGAAGGGGGAGUGAAUGGAUCUUCUCUCUCGCGUCUGUCCAUAUCGGAAACGUUACAGGCGGCCCAAGGACUCCCAGUGGUGUCCCAAGGGGCACCAGAGCAAGAAGUGACUCAACCAGCCCUACAACCCGCCGCGACUGUGACGAGGAAAAAGCCACCGCCGCCUAGUUCGCGACAUGGGAAGCGAAUCGGGGCUGGGGUAACCGGGACUCCCGGCGUGACGAAAGGGACGGCGAACGAGGUUCAGCCCUCAUUGAUCAGCCCAAGCCGGAGACCGGCAGCUCCACCCCCUGUGUCCCCAUCACGACCACGACCAUCUACGCCUUCCGAUGUCAACAAACCUCUUCCACUAGCCCCAAAGCGGUCACCAGAGGAGGAGGCCACGGAAAGCGUGUUUGAACGGGAAGCCGCUGGCAAGGCGCCUGAGCCAGAUGUCCAUUUCGAGCCCAAGAUUACUAGCCCACCACGGCCGCCUACUCCGCCGAAUGUGUCGCAUGCUAGCUCAGGUGUUUCCGCGCAGCACGCAAAGAAGCCAGUGCCGCCACCAAGACGACAGCCACAUGGGCGUUCCGAUAGCAAGGCUACCCCUAGCGCAAUGACACCAGCGGCCCCUCAAGAUGAGACCGACUCCUCGCUACGUCGAUCUUCUCUUGACUCAACGCGCUCGCGCUCUUCCAGCUUCCGUGUUAACGUCCACGCCCCAGCACCACCCCCACCACGACGUCCGAGCCACCAGUCACGCGCCUCCAGCUCUCAUGUAUCAACGCUCUCCAAUGCAACCGAUAUCCUGCCCGCAACGGUGUCCGCCGAGCCCCGCACUUUCGUCGCGUCCCCUCCCCCAUUAGGUGAUACUUCCAGCAACAGCAACAGCAAUAGUGCUAGUGCUACCCCAGGGACAGGCACCCCAACCUCAGUUCUGACCUCAGGCCCAACACCAAUCCCAGCCGCUGUAGCGAAACUCGUCCCACCCCCACCACCACCAGCACGGAAUACUUCCGUUCGCGGGAAGAAACCUCCGGCAAACCGGGCGCUAGCCACCCCAGGGUCUUCGUCGUUGUCAUCCUCAUCCGAUGCGGCGGGGUUGGGGCGGAAGGUGAGUGGGAGCGGCAACGGGAACAGCAAGGGCAAGGAACCACCGCCUCCACCGAGACACCGGGAUCGGGGAAACAGCCGGGCUAGUGCGGACGAUGGUCGAAGCAACGCAGCAACAGGCGCAGAGCUGCAGCCUGUGGGACUCGGGUUAAACCUCGGGGAGGCCACGGUCGAGCAGGAAUCGCAUGCGGGGGAUAUCUUGGCUGACUUGGAUGCCUUGCAGAGAGAGGUGGAUGCGUUGAGGGGACAGGUUGGGAAGGAAUAA